AUGAGUGACUAUCUGCGCGUUGAAUACGUCAAUGAAGAUGAUACCUUAGCUGAAAUAGCUGCCAGAGAAAUUACUUCUUCAAGUUUGCGCAAAUCCAAUGCUAUACUACUAGCUUUGAUUGCUAUCGUUUCAUAUGGCUUCAACAUACUUCUCGCAGCUGUCAUAUACAUCAAUGAAAGUCUGAGAAACAUCAACACAUAUGCUUUACUUGGACAUUUUGCUUGUAUUAACUUAGCUGAUUUGACAUUUUCAUUAUUCUUUUCGCUUGUUUACGUUGCUAACAACAGUUGGAUAUUCGGAAUCACAUGGUGUCGAAUACAUGCAGCUGCACAAGAGUUCUGUCUACUAUAUAUGUUGUCAUCGUUGAUGUUUAUGGCAAUUGAAAAGGCUGUUGUUUCCAUGUACUAUACCAAUGAACAUGAGCAUGCUCGUCGUCAAGUAUUUUUCACCAAAAAACAUCUGGCAGUUGCGGCAUUUGGCUUUGCUCUAAUAUCCGCUUUGUUCUCCAUUCCAAUUACUUUUCAUAUGAUACCCGUUCAACCAUUCAAAAAUAGAUUUGUAUGUGGGAUUGAUAGUCAAUGCCCAAUUGUAUUCCCUUGCUUGAGAAUAAUUGUCUACAUCACAGCCCUUCUCGUUAGUCUAGUUGCUUUCAUUUCUCUUCUGCGUGCAAAGCCUCAAGCAUCUAUACCUUCGCAACAACAAGACUAUAAUGCAUUUAUUGACCAUAUACGGUUUAUACAUGAACAGAAAUCACAUGGCCGAUUGGUUCUUGUUAUAUUCACAUUCUUUAUCAUAACUGUAAGCCCAUAUUGUGUAUUGGGACUUGUCUAUGAGAUAUCCAACAGUCGAGAGUUACAAUCAGCCUCUCAUACACAUAUCAACGUUCCACAAGAUGCAGAUACUCUUCUAACAUGGUUAAAAUUUCUAUUUCCACUCAUUUCACCAAUAAUAAUAAUAUGUGCAUGUAAUGAUAUUCGAGAGAAGAUUCGAGAACUAUUCUGUUGCUCAAUUGAUUCAAACUCAUAUAAUCAUCAUUUGAGUUCUGCAGUUGUGUCACCUCAAACUAUGACACUUGUUGGUACUUCAAAUGGCUUACAACUACGAGCAGCUGACUUGAUGCAUUCUCCAGAUGCAUAUUCCAGUCAUUGUCCCGUAUUGCCAUUAACAGAAGAAUUUCCUCCAAGAUAUGAGCAACUAGAUAAUUCUCCUGAAAUAACAUCGACCAGACAAGUGACAACAUCUAAUGUUGAAAGAGAAAGAGCAGAACGAAGUCGUAAACCUAAAAGAACAAAACGUAAAUUGAGUAAUGGUAUACGUGUUAAAGCUAGAAAUUCAUAUUAG